CAGUCCGCUGCAGCCCGGAGCUUCGGGCAUGGCUGCAUCCUCCUCCGCGCAUACACGAGGCCGCGCUGGACCGUGCGUACACGAGGCCGCGUUGGACCGUGCGUACACGAGGCCGCGUUGGACCGCGCAUACACGAGACGCGCCCGCACCACGGCAGCUGCGGCGGAAUGGCGCCCCCGGCGACCAGGCAGCCGAUGUACAGGAUCCUCUGCAAGGCCGGCGAGGAAAGCUUCAGCCUCGCCGCCAGGGACGGCAAGGUCUGUCUCGUCCGCAACGAUCGCGACGACGACACGCAGCACUGGAUCAAGGACAUGAAGUACAGCAUAAGGGUGAAGGAUGAGGAAGGCUACCCUGCCAUGGCACUCGUCAACAAGGCCAGCGGAGAGGCUCUCAAGCACUCCCUCGGCCAAUCUCACCCUGUUCUUCUGACCAGGUACAAUCCAGACAUCCUGGACGAAUCGGUUCUUUGGACUGAGAGCAGGGACGUCGGGGCAGGCUACCGCUGCAUCAGGAUGGUGAACAACAUCUACUUGAACUUUGAUGCACUCCAUGGCGACAAGGACCAUGGCGGUGUGCGCGAUGGAACCACCCUCAUUCUGUGGGAGUGGACUGAGGGGGACAACCAGCGCUGGAAGAUCGUUGCCUGGUGCAUACCCGCUCAAACAUAAAGUAGAUGCAUGCUACAUGACACCAGCAAGGUAUUUCUGUUACAAUUUGGGGAUUGAUUUGUGUCUUGGACUGAUGGCAGGAACGAUGCAUAUGCUACAGCUUGUUGGUUCAAACAGCGCGCCAUCUGAAUAAUAAGCAAGUACUGAAUGUUUCUGGAAUAAAAAGGAUGGCGCCGAUGUGUGCGGUAUUUCUGUUUUGUUUGAGCAGUUAUAUAUAUUAAUGAACUUGUAAUGAUAUAUUUAUUGGCGUAGAUUAUGUGUGAUGGAUCCAUGAACACACCAGUGCUUGUUAUUAUGCAUGUAUAUACAUGCCAUCUGACAUGUUUGUGAACUAUAUAAUAGAAUUGGUUUAUCCAGUCAUAUUGUUGUAACGGAGAUCUAUCUAUAUAUCUUAGUUUUUGGCGGUUA